AUGUCGUCCACUACUAGUGGAGAGAAAUCGGAAGGUUCUAGCAGAGGUUGGGUAGAGUCUGCAGUUGAGGAGGAUACGACUAUUACAGGGAAGACGCUAUUGGAGAUUCAGGAGAGUUUGCGGAAUGAGCUCACUCGGCUGCAUAGCGCAGGCUGCUUCGGCACAGGUGAAGAAUAUCAGAUGUUGGUCGACGAGCUUGCAAAGGUCAUACUUUCGAUGCCGUUGAAGCGAGAACGGAUCGAAGUUAUUCAGUUUUCGUUAAGGGAGGUGAAAGCAAAGAUGGAUGCCCUCUGA